AUGGCUUCUGUCCCUCGGCUUGACCUAAAAACCGCACUUGGUCACGAUGAGAGCCAAGAUAGAGAUUUGAAAGUUAGAGAAGUUGCUUCGAAGGAGCUUUCUUGGGGGACCCCAUUGCCCACUCCAUCUGGCUCCGCUCGGCCCCAGAAUUCAGCUCGAUCGGGCGAAAAUGAAGCUCCAGCAGUGCCAAAGAAACAACCCUACUACUAUCUCGACACGACCGACCGGUCAGAAAUGGACCUUUCCGCUUAUAUCCCAAAUUACCCGACAGCCAAUGAUGGAUCAGAAGAAAUGGCGAAAUUCUUCCUUGAUUUCGCAGAUUUAGUCCUCGCAGAUUGCUACGAGAAAAUCGAGGCUCAGACUGCGGAGAAUAAGAGAAUCAAAGAAAUUGUCAAGGAACAAAUGAAAGAAGAUUGCUUGUCAAAUGGAGCGAUUAAUUCUAAUGAGCAGAAAGUCAAACCAAUUGGUCGUGAUCCUGGGGUUCUGAAGGGAAAAUGCAGGAGACUGCACGAUACAGAAAUCGCUCCAAAAGGCUCUGUCACCGCUGCUUCUCUGGAAAACUACAAAUCUUUUACUGCCAGGUUCAUCACCAAAGAUUCCGUCAAAGCAAUCAAGGAGCUGCACGGCUUUUUCUUCAAUAUUGAUCAGACCAUGAUGGUCUAUAAUUACCGCAACUUAGGACGCUCGAAUUAUUCAAAGCCAGUUACUCUCAUUGCUCCCCGAUUUUCUUAUUCCUUCGCGCACGGGCGGAGGAAGGGCGAAGUCUUCAAAGCUCGUGAUAUACGACCCGGAGGAACAUUGAGCUUUUUGAAGCCCGGAAAUCCAGAGCCGAUCUAUGUCCGAAUCACGGCGGUGGAAGACUACGAGCAAAAAAGCUUCGAUACUUGGUGGGGCUGUCCGACCGGGGGAGCGCUGACAGAAGAGGAAAGGAAGGAUAGAAAGGUUCUUGAGGGAGUUCAAAAACUCGUAAAAGAUCGACUGAAGGAGAAUUUCAUCAAAAGCAUCAGCUCGCUUCAGAAACAGUUCGCGAAGUUAGACAAAUCUGGAGAUGGAAGCUUGUCAAAAGACGAGCUUCAAUUAGCUCUCUCCUCGGCGAAUAUUCGCUUGUCUGUCGAAGAAUUUGAAAGCGUCUGGAGAAUCGUGGACGAAGAUCAAUCCGGAACGAUUGGAUACGAAGAGUUUCUGACCGCCUUUAUCGGCGAAAUGACGGAGGAACGAGCUGGUUUAGUCCAGAAAGCAUGGAAAAAGCUUGAUCCGAAAGGAGAAGGAAAAUGCUCAAUUUUCAAUGCAGAGAAAACACUCAGCUUCAAAAUUCACCCGAAAGUCAAAAGCGGCGAAAAGCAAGAGUCCGAGAUUCGCCAAAAAUUCUUCACUCUCCUUGAAUCGAAAAACAACGAGCUCCUCUAUCGACACUUUUACGAUUUUUUCCUGAUGCUCUCGCUUCUGAUCGAGCGAGACAGAGUUUUCUUCAAUAUCAUGUUUGCUGUUUUUGGGUUGUAA